AUGCUGUCGUGCCGCCUCCAGUGCGCCCUGGCCCUGCUCUCCAUCGCCCUGGCCUUCGGCACCGUCUCGGCCGCCCCCUCGGACCCGCGGCUCCGGCAGUUCCUGCAGAAGUCGCUGGCCGCCGCCGCCGGGAAGCAGGAACUGGCCAAGUACUUUUUGGCAGAACUGCUUUCAGAGCCAAGUCAGACAGAAAAUGAAGCCCUGGAGUCUGAGGACUUGUCCCGAGGGGCUGAGCAGGAUGAAGUGAGACUGGAGCUGGAGCGCUCGGCUAACUCAAACCCCGCUCUGGCACCCCGGGAACGCAAAGCAGGUUGCAAGAACUUCUUCUGGAAAACUUUCACAUCCUGUUAG